AUGGCAAUUUCUCAAGACGACACACGUAUUAUCUACAAAAGCUUAGAUCAACGUGGAGAAUUCUUUGUAUUGAAAUGGCGAAAAGAUAAAUCUAUCCCCCUCGUUGAUUGUGUCCAAAGUUUCGAAGUAUACGAGACGGUCAACGGUGGCAACGAAGGACUGGCUGUACGACCAUCUCACCAACAACUCGAAACAUGUUUUGGAACAAGCAAACCUGAAGAAGUAGUCGCACAAAUUUGCGAAAAAGGAAUUAUCCAUAAUUCACGUAAAGGUCAUGAUAGACCAGCAGGCAGGACUCAUCGAACCAUGAUAAACGAGACACGUGGUAAAGGUGUCUCGACGAGUGAAAAUACUCGAGGAAUUCAUAAUUAG